UUAUGCUGCAUGUAUGAAUGGGACAAGGGAAGCCAGUCUAACAGAGUGCAAUGGUCGACAACAACAAUCGUAAAGUGUUGAUCGCUAUGGACGGGAGUGAAUACUCUGAGGAAGCGCUGAAAUGGUUUGCCAGUAAAGUGUGCAAAAAUGAUGAUCACAUAAUUGUGCUCCACGUUACUGAUCAUAAAGAAUCCCUGUCCUAUUCAUCUCCCUGGUUACCUGUAGACCCCAUGAUAUUCCAGAUGAAGGUGAAAGAGGAAGAAGAAAAGGCCAAAGAGACCAUUAAGAAACUGGAUGCCUUGAUAAAGGAUAUCGGAAUCAAAGCACACGUCAUUCGAGCCCAUGGCAACCCCGGAGAACAGAUCACUAAAAAGGCUGAAGAACUGGGAGUCAACAUGGUGAUUAUUGGUUCUCGUGGAUUAGGAAAAAUUAGGCGGACUAUUAUGGGGAGUGUGAGCGAUUUUGUGCUACACCAUUCGUACAUACCUGUCGUGAUAUUUCGCCAUUAAAGAAAUACAAAAACCGUAUUAAUUAUGAAUAACUCGUGUCAAUAAUGCCAAUAUCUUAUGACGAACAGAUGCCUUUCAGUGUUGAUUAAAAAUAAUUAUGAUCAUUGCUAUAAAACAGAGAUAGAGAAGAAGAAUUAUUUAAAGAUUUUUAAGACUUUGUUCUGUAACAAAUGUAUUGAUUUAUUUCUGUUAGAAAUGCUUGUUGAUUUAGGUUACAUGGGUAUAAAUUGUAUAGUAUAUUUAUUUGUAACGUUGUUUCUUUUUUACAUCACUAACCAAAGAAUCUGCGGUAUUGUAUUUUGACAGUUCGUUUACAUCUAAAAUAAAAUCGUCUAGUGUU